CUCACUUGGUUGAUACUCAGCACAUGAAGUAUUCGACCCAUUUUUUCAAUCAGUUUCGUAUUUUUUGAAUCGUACAUAGUAGCCUAGCCUAGGUACCUACCAAUUUUUGAAAAAAUGAACCGCAGUCAAAGUAUUCUGCCUUGGAUUUUUGCAAUCAUCGCCAUCAAUAUGAUGGAUUCGGCUUUCAGUUACGAGCCCCUGUUCGUUAUUGAGUGGUCAGAUGGCUACUAUUCUUUCCCACCUGAUGCAAAAUAUGAUCGUGAAAAAAAUCACUAUAUCGUGUUAGCUCCUCGAGAUCAAAAGAUAUUACUACUGUGUACGCAAAAUGGUAUUCCUGGCAGUUAUAACGUCAUUAAAAUUGAAACGAACGAAGCCAUCGUCGACGAGGGUUUAUGUCAAUGGCCCUUUAUUUGGCGUAUUUUCAAAUCGGAAUAUCACAACAAAAUUGGAUUCGCUAUUUACCCACGUGGAAAACAAUCAUCCAUUGGACAUAGAGAUGUGACCGAGGAUUUCAAGGUACUUAAACUCAUCGGUUUCAUAUUUAACGAAUCACGUGGUCGAACUGAACUCGUUUGGUAUAAUCUAACUCCUGGUUACCUUCUACACGCUGAGAUUAACCACGGAGACGAAGAAGAGGGUGACAUAAUCGGAGAACAAGAAGAAUUCGAGGAAAACAAAGAUUUUUAUGGAUAUGAUAUCGACGAAAAAUACGUUCAUUAUUCAAACCCAUUCACCAAAAUGCCACUAGCUCCUGAGCAAGAUUUCCUCUACCCUAAUCAUAAGGCAGCGACACGAAAUAAUGUCCUGACUGCUCCAAUGUGGCCAGAGCUGAAGGACCAGUGGCAAGCUCUGGAAAUAUUUACCCGAAAAGUGGCCCAAGUACUCAGUUUCCUGUCAAUAAGAGUAGGAGUUCAUGGCAGUAUUAUGAAACCAGACCAUGGCAAAGAACAACCAUCGCCAAUGUUUCUGAACUCAGUCGAAGGCAAAUACCCAAUACCGCAGUAUUUCUAUAAAAUUGUCGUGUUUCGAUUCGCCUUCGAAAAUGGAAAUCGAAGGGUAUUUCAAAAAGAACAGGCAGAAGAAGGGGAACUUCAAGACGAAGAGGAAGAACAAGUCCACAGAUACGGAAUUCUAUUCGUGAUGCAUAACAGCAGAGUACAAAACCCGUACACUGAAUGGAAUUACGAAGAAAUCUGCCCCGAAGACCAGACCAAAAUCAAGGAAACCGGCUGGAUGAAUUUUUUGCCCGCAAGUCAAUUUAAGAGCCCUAUGUACGCUUGUUUGUACAAUGAAGAAAAUAUGAGAAAGUUUCAAAAACAGUUGUACAAAAAAUUUGAUAUUUUCAAUUUGAACGAUUUGCCUACAUUAGCUGUUGAUCCUCAAACUGGCAAAGAAGUAAUUAGAAAUAAAAACGUUCUGGAGGAAAUGAAAUGGUGGGAAAAAGCUAACAAAGAUAAUAACCACGCUCAAAGUAAUGAAACUCUCAUGCAGGCUGCAUAUGAAUCGUUCCAAGGAGAUCUAAAUCGUCAUCGUGAUAUACCUCUUGAGCUCGCUGAAGAAAAUUUACAACAACGGAAUGAGGGCAAAAAUGCUCUAGAAGAAAUGAAUGUUGGGCAAGAAACUAAUAAAAACAGCGUUUUAGGUGAAAAUAGCGGGGCUGAAGAGCAGCUUCUACAUGGAACCGUCAAAGAAGACUCGAAUCGUCACAUACCUCCUGAGCAUUCUGAAGAAAAUAAUCAAACACGGAAGAGGAGGCGGCGGUGGAGUAGUUGGGACCAACCCGCAUAUUAACCUUUUAUGAUAUUUUGCUGAAAUGUUGAAAAAUUGUUACACAUCUUGCAAAAAAAGUCUAAAAUUUUUAAAGAAAUAAGUAGGCUAUGUAAUUAGAGUUGAAUAAAAAUAAAGCAUUUUUCGAUAUUGAAAUUAAAGUAGUAGGAUCACGCAAGAAAAAGAGAA